GCGAGGCACGGUCUGGGCAUUCGCAUCCAAGCGCGGGAAGAACAGUGCGUGCCGGCGGAGGAGCAGCGUCCCGGGCCCGGCCAGUCGGAGGACGACCCCCCCCGCGCGGCAGGAAUUACUCCACCGUGGCCAUUCCCCAUGACUCGGCCGGGUUUCGCCCCGCGGCGGCCGGAACACCGAGCGCGCCCGAAGGGCCCCACGGCGCCGCGCGGACCGAGGGCACCGGCCUGCGCGGGAGCCUGGCCUCCACUCCGGGGCCCCAGGACGCUUACCGUCGUCGUCGUCGUCGGGCUCCUGCUGCCGGCCCUAGCUGACGCGGCCAUGACCACCAGGCAGGGCAGAGCUCACCAGCAAUUAGCCGGCCUGCAGGGAAGACAGUUCCCCCGGACGCUGUGUGAAGCAGGAUCUUAUGCAGAUGGAAAUGGAGAUUGUCGUGAAUGCACAAAUGGAGUGGAUUACACCAGUCAUUUGAACAACCUCCUUUCCUGUAUCCCCUGCACCCCCUGUAAAUCAGAUGAACGAGAGAUAAGUCCAUGCAACAGGACGGUAGACAGGAAAUGUUGGUGCAAACCUGGCACUUUCCGCAGAAACGAUUCCCCGGAGGUGUGUGAGGUGUGCAGCGUAAGGUGCCCUGACGGGAUGGUUGUGGCCAAGCCCUGUACCCCCUGGAGCGACCUCAAGUGUGUCAACCAAAAUUCAGGUGCUGGUGGCCUUGUCUGGCCUGUGGCCGUUGGCUGCUGUCUGCUGCUGGUGGUGCCACUGAUGGCAUUUCUUUGCUGGACGCACAUCUGUCCAGAUUGUGGAGUGGACCCCAAGUGCACGGACAGAGACUUUUUCAGGUGCUUGAGUUCCCUGACAGGGCCUGGGAUUGUGGACAACGCCCACAACCAUAUCCUGAGCGACAGAGAAUCACAGUCCUCCAUGAUCACUGAGCAGGAGCAGACCGGGGUCAUUGUGGAGCCCCUGGUGAAGGCAGAGCAUCUCCUGGGACCCCCAGGAACUGAAGAGUUUCAGGUGAGAAGCCGGCAGCUGGUUCCAGCCAGCAAAGCAGACGCUACUGAAAACCUGCGCCUGUUCUUCGAUUACUUUGCGGAAGUUGUGCCGUUUAACUCCUGGAACCAGCUCAUGCGGCUAAUGGGCCUUACGGACAACGAGAUUCAUGUGGCCCGAGCUAGAGCUGCAGACCCAAAGGAUUCCCUGUAUGAAAUGCUGGUGGUCUGGCUCAAAAAAAUGGGGCAGGGUGCCUCAGUCAACAUGCUGCUGGCAGCCCUAGACACGCUGGGGGAAAGAAAUGCAAAGGAAAAUAUUCAGGAGCACUUGCUGGACUCUGGAAAGUACGUCUAUGAAGACGGGGCCAGCUCGGCAGUGCUCUGAGAGUUCUAGAAGCACCGUCUUUUUAGUUGUUGUUUUUGUGUUGUUAUCUCCAUCACAAUAUUUGUUAUUUGUGAUGUAUUUAUUAUUGUUUUUAGAUAUUUGUGAUUGCACCUGUUAUGUGAUACUGUAAAUUAAAAGCAUUAGAUUAGACAUAGAUGUGAUGGAACCUAGGCUCAGCAGCUCCCUCUCACCCAGGUACAGGUUCAGACCUGCUCAAUAACAUGGCCUCUGAUGAAGCUAAUUUAGAAGCCAAAACUGAAAAGAGGAAAUUAGAACUGGAAAGAAAUUGGAAGCAACUCCAGACUCUGCAGAGUGUCAGGCCAGCCUUUACGGAUGAGUAUGAGAAGAUUGAGGAGGAAUUGCAAUAACAAUACGACAUUUAUCUGGAGAAAUUCCGAAACCUGGCUUCUUUGGAACGACAACUGGAGGGUCAUCACAGGAGAGGUUUGAGGAAGCUGAAAGUACUCCAUGUCUGAUGCAGAACAAGCUAAAGGAAGAAGAAAACCGACUGCUCAAGAGCAGAAGCAAUCAUGACUCUGACAUUGACACCCAGGAGGAUGAUGAAUCUGACAGCGAACUGGAAGAAAGAUGGCUGUCCGAGCCGCGGAUGGCCAUGGAGGUCCUCCCAGCAAACGCAUUGUGGGCACAGUGCAGGGAGGAGACUCGGAUGACGAUGAGGACUCGGAGGACAGUGAGAUCGACAGGGAAGAUGGCGAAGAGGAGGAUGACAACUUGGAAGAUGAGAGCAUCGCUGCUGCCUCCCCACCUGCGGCCAGCUGCGGGGUCCGGAGACCUGAGCCCCUGGAUGAGAGUGACGACGACUUCUGACCUUCUUGCCAAGGGACCCAGACAGAUUAAACCCCCAGAUUUGUAGGUAAAUGGGAAGCUAGAAGGUUAGGAGGGAAACAUAUAAGCCAGCUGGACUCACUGCUGGAGAGGCGGUGCCUGCUUCUGCUUUAGCUUCCCGCGUUCUCCGCAGAGCUCAAACACGAACCCAAGCGAGCUCCAGAAACGAUUUUUUUUGCCUCAUUUGUCUUUGGAAACUUGGGAAAUGCACGUGUUCUUGAUGAUUCACAUUCACAAGACAAAAGCUCAGGAAGAAAUAAGGACAAACACUGUGAAGACUUGACUAUUGUAGGUGCCAGAUGCUUCUUCUAAGAGCCGGUGGGACUGAGCCAGGGCUGGUCCUGGGCACGGGCGCUGCUCUCGGGGGCCUUGAGGGGCAUCUGCCUGGGAUCGCGGGUCCCCUUUCAUUUCAGUCUUAUUUUCUCCUGCAUGCUCACAACACCUAGCUCUACAUGUAUUUUGUGGCCUAAAGCUUUCAAUUCAAGUAAGGGAAGUUAGGUGAAAGAAAAGCUUUCUUUCAAAGUCAACAGAGACAUGCUUUAGAUUAUAAAUACUCCGUUUUCUCUCAAAAGGCUGAUGUUCCUCCUCAGGGAAGCAACUGAAGGAAAAAGUGUCUGAACAGUUUCUUGUCUCUGACUUUAAAAGCAGACUGGAAUCGAGUUCGUUGGAGUGGCACUGGGGGACCUCCGUGUUGGGAAGCAGGAAGCGGCAGACAGGCAGUCUUAGUGUGGGAGGCACAGAGCAGUUUCAUUUAUUUUUCAAUUAUGAAGUCAGAAGACUUGGUGAAGUUACUUACUUCUUAAAAAGGCAUUUAAUACCAUAUUUUUAUAUCAUUAAAUAAGUUUUAUUUCAAAGUACAAAAAAAAAGCAUUAGAUUCACAGGCACUGAGAAGGGACUAGAGGUUACCAAGGGGGUCGGGGACUGUUGAACCACUGUGAUGUAUAUUUGAUAGUAAAAAUAAUGUCCGUUAUGCACAUUCUUUUAUAUUUUUGUAUGUACUUGUAAAGGCAUGAAGAAAACAUUGGAAAUGUACUUCCUAGGUUGUUUACAUGGUAAUCCUGGGGAAGAGCUGGCAAAACCAAGAAGAAAUACAAAAGCAGAAGAAGGAAAACACUUAGCUCUGUGGGGCGGCCUGGGCGGGCCCCGGGUCUCCCUCACACACAUUGUGACCCGCUUACUAUGACUGGCAGCUGCUACAGGGGCCACUCUUCUCAGCAUGCUGAUUCUGUGUUUGAGUAUUUACAUAAGUAUUGCACAUCCAUAUAAAUGGUACAUAUCUUAUUUGCAAGUGAACAGAGAGUGAGGAGACAUAAUAUCCCCAGGCAGCCCCAUGUGUCGGGUGUUGCUGAACUAGGUAGCCAUGCAUGGGCCCCUCACCCCUGGACAUGGGCGGGCAGGGUGGGAGGUGGGUUAGAUGGGAGGCAGCACAGGUUCUGUGCCAUAUGCCGUUUCUGGUCCUGUGAGCAAACCUUCAGCGCCAUGUGGGCUGAGGAGCAAUAGGAUAGGAAUGUGCUUCUGGCAUUCUGCCCUGGUCUCAGGGAGGGGAGGUGACAGUCAGCGCUUAUGGGCUGUGGCGUUUACGAGCCUAGCACAGGAUGGGCUCUCUCACUGGUCUGGAAUCUGAGUCCCAGAAUUGCCUUUUUGGAUUCAUACUGGCUAUUUAAGAAUUUUAGUCCCUCUGUAAGCAUCUACUUUUUGCAUAAAUGACCUAUACAAAAACACCAGUUCCUAAAUACUGUGAGAAUUGACCUAAAAUGGCCAGAUAUGUUGGGGCUUUUGUCCUUUUACUGCUUUGUUUUAUUAUUUUUCAAAAUUCAUUUUAUUUAUUGAAUUUUUUAUUGAAGUAUAGUUGAUGUAUAAUAUUAUAUUGGUUUCAAGUGUACCAACACUGAUUCAGCAGUUAUGUACACUAUUAAAUGCUCACCCCCGCUAGUGUAGUCACUACCUGUCAACACAGAACGAUGUUACAAAACUAGUAACUAUGUUCUCUGUGCUGUGCUUUCAUCUGUGACUAUUUUAUGACUGAAAUGUUGUGUCUCUUUAUCCUCUUCACCUAUUUCACCCACCCACUCAGCCCCUCCCCCAUGGUAACCAAAAGUCACUUCUCAGUGUCUAUGAGUCUGUUGCUGUUUUGUUCAUUUUGUUGUGUUUUGUUUUUUCCACGUGUGAGAUCAUAUGGUAUUUGUCUUUCUCUGCCUGGAUUAUUUCACUGAGCAUACUACCCUUGUAACCGAGUGAAAAAGCUGGCAUCUCUGCCUCCAUGUUGUCUCUCCCUCCUCUUGGGUCAAAAACCUGCUGCCUGUCAAUCAUAAGGAAUCUUGCUCAAAACUUAAGAUUGAUGCAACCUGCCCCUUACCAGAAACUCAUCUUCCCCAAGGAGAUACAUAAGUAUGUACAGAAAUGAUGACUGGGUUGUUAAGGACUUACAAGAACAUCAUGGCCAGACCCAUGUCAGCAAAAUGACGAGUCAGCUAACCAAGGACAGGGAGUUUCACAGCCCUCAGACCCUUGCUGACGUCCAGAUGUCUGAAGUUGAUCAUCACUUCCUGACCUCAACCCUAUGUGCUCCCCCUUCCCUAUGUACAGGAAGGUAGAAAUCAAUCCUGGGUUACAAUGGUGCUUUAGGACAUUAGCCCAUCAUCUCAGUCUGCUGGCUUUCCAACUUUCUUGUCAUUUUCCUUUUGGGGGGCUUGUUGUGCAGCAAGUGGCACAAGUUUGGACUGGGUAAAACCCUCUGGGCCCAUCCAUGUUGCAAAUGGCAAGACUUCUUUCUUAUUCAUGGCUGAAUAAUAUUCCAUGUAUAUCCACAUCUUCAUCCACUCAUCUAUUGAUGGACACUUUGGUUGCUUCCAUAUCUUGGCUAUUAUAAUAAUGUGGCAGUAAACAGUGGUGCAUAUAUCUUUUUGAAUCAGGGAUUUGUUUCCUUGGGGUAAAUUCCUAGAAGUGGAAUUACUGGGUUGUAUGGUAUUUCUGUUUAUGGUUUUUUGGGGAACCUCCACACUGCUUCCCACAGUGGCUGCACCAACUAACAUUCCCACCCACACUUUAGGAGGGGUCCCUUUUCUCCAGAUCCUCACCAACACUUGUUACUUGUCUUUCUGACAGGUGUGAGGUGCUAUCUCACUGUAUCUUUGAUUUGCAUUUCCCUGGUGAUUAGUGAUGUGGAGCAUCUUUUCAUGUGUCUCUUGGCCAUCUGGCUGUCUUCCUUGGAAAAAUGUCUGUUCAGAUCCCCUGAUUUUGUUUUUUUAAUCCUUGGUAACUACUCCAGCUCUUCCACCUUAAAGCCACUGCACAGUCUUCUUAUCACGACAGGUUGAGAUCAUGGGGUGCUCAUUGCCCAGGGCUCCUGUGGCUUGGGCCAAACUGGGAAUGCCUGAACUUUUAGUCCCUUUCAGGGUAUAUUGUUCACUGGAGUUUUUAGGAGGGGGGACCCUGGUAGCCCUGGUGCUUCCUGCCUCUGCUGCCCCCUCCUGGCUGGAGGCCCUGCCCUGCCUCUUCAUGUGCAGAUGGGAGUGCAUCGUGUUAGCCAGUUUUGUCACCUGGCCCUUUCUCAGAGGACCUCCUCAAGCACCCAACUGUGUCACAUGCAUUCAUGUUCACCUGUCUCUGUGUAUUUCACCAGGGAGAACACCCCCUGGGAGCACGUCGCCUUCUCGAUUGGCUUACACCCAGGACACGUAUGACAUGUUUUAAGGGAAUCCUUCCAUGCUCCUUCCAGGGGAAGGUCCCAGCUUUGAAGGGUUGUUGGAAAUACCAAAUGACACAAGAAGGCCAUAAUGUACAAAAUACUUAUGUAUUUGUGAAGUUAUGACCGAAUUAAAUAUGAAACAUA